AUGUUCAGCAAAAUCGCAGCUUUCGGUGCCAUGUUAGCAGCAGCUAACGCUGGUGUUUUAUCCGGAUACGGCGGCGCUGUCUCGUCCCAAAGUAUUGUCCGCCACGAUGCUGUUCAUCACGCUGCUCCCGCUGUUGCAUACGCUGUUCCGGCUGUUGCAUACGCUGCUUAUGCUCCCGUAGCUUCCGGACAUUAUGCUGCCCCAUCAGCCCACUACGACGGUCAUGAUGAAUAUGCCCACCCCAAAUACGACUUCGCUUACUCAGUAGCAGACCCUCACACCGGUGACCACAAGUCACAGCAUGAGAGUCGCGACGGUGAUGCCGUCCAUGGAUACUACUCCCUGGUACAGCCUGAUGGCUCCGUACGUAAAGUGGAAUACUCUGCUGAUGAUCACAAUGGUUUCAAUGCCGUCGUUCACAACUCUGCUCCAUCAGUCCAUCCUCAACACGCUUACAGCCACUACUACUAA